AAUAUUUUUUUUCUUGACGGGAAUGUGAGAAUACAUGAAUAAGGAAUAUUACUGGAUGCUCUUUAAUAAAUUAAAAAGAAAUUUUAAAUUUGAAGACAGACGGAAAGCGGUCUGUGAAGUAGUUCCGGCGGGGCGGGGUCGUGCUCUGACGUCAGCGUCCGGGCGCGCUGUUCGGUUUGGCUGGUUUCGGUACCGCGGCCUGGGUUGGCAUGUGGGCGCGAACGAAUGGUGCGGCCGAGGAGUUUUACUCUCGCCUGCUGCAAGAAUUCAAAGAAGAAAAGAAAGAAAUUUGCAAAGACCCAUUUAUCUAUGAGGCCGAUGUGCAAGUGCACUUGAUCAGCAAAGGUCAACCAAAUCUUCUGAAAACUGUUCUAAAUGAAAAUGACUUAGUGUUCAUUGUGGAAAGAGUGCCUUUAGAAAAGGAAGAAACAAGUCAUGUUGAGGAAUCACAGUCUGAAGAAACUGCUAUUUCUGAUUUCUCUACUGGUGAAAAUGUUGGGCCACUUGCUUUACCGGUUGGGAGAGCAAGGCAGUUAAUUGGACUUUAUACCAUGGCUCACAAUCCUAAUAUGACCCAUUUGAAGAUUAAACGGCCAGUUACUGCCCUUCCUCCCCUUUGGGUGAGAUGUGACAGUUCAGAUCCUGAAGGUACCUGUUGGCUGGGUGCUGAGCUUAUCACAACAAAUGAGAUGAUUACAGGAAUCAUCUUAUAUGUGGUCAGUUGUAAAGCUGAUAAAAAUUACUCUGUAUGUUUGGAAAAUCUAAAAAAUUUACACAAGAAAAGACAUCAUUUGUCUACUGUAACAGCCAGAGGCUUUGCUCAGUAUGAGCUCUUUAAGUCCACUGACUUGGAUGAUACAGUCACUCCAUCACAAACUGCAAUUACUUUGGAUCUUUCAUGGAGUCCUGUGGAUGAGAUUCUUCAAACCCCUCCCCUGUCUUCAACUGCAGCUCUGAAUAUCAGAGUGCAAUCAGGAGAGCCCAGAGGCUGCUUAAAUCAUCUUUACAGAGAACUGAAAUUUCUCCUUGUUUUGGCUGAUGGUUUAAGAACUGGUGUGACCGAAUGGCUUGAACCUCUGGAAGCAAAAUCUGCUCUUGAACUUGUGCAGGAAUUUCUAAAUGACCUAAAUAAACUGGGUGAAUUUGAUGAUUCUGUGAAAAAAGACACACAGAAAGAGACAGUAAACCAUGACGCUGCUGCAGUUGACAGGUCUGUGCUUAUCACAGUGAGGGAGGAUCUCGAUUUUGCUGAACAACUUUGGUACAAAAUGAGCAGCAGUGUGGUUUCAUAUCAAGACUUGGUGAAGUGUUUCACAUUGAUCCUCCAGAAUCUACAGCGUGGUGACAUACAGCCAUGGCUCCACAGUAGGAGUAGCAGUUUACUGAGUAAGCUCAUCCAUCAGUCCUAUCAUGGAACCAUGGACACAGUUUCUCUCACUGGGACGAUUCCACUUCAAAUGCUUUUGGAAAUUGGUUUGGACAAACUGAAAAAAGAUUAUAUCAGUUUUUUCAUCAGUCAGGAACUUGCAUCUUUGAAUCAUUUGGAAUACUUCAUUUCUCCAUCAGUAGACAUACAAGAACAAAUUUAUCGUGUUCAGAAACUCCACCAUAUUCUGGAAAUAUUAGUCAGUUGCAUGCUUUUCAUUAAACCUCAACAUGAACUUCUCUUUUCUUUAACACAGUCCUGCAUAAAAUAUUAUAAACAGAAUCCUCUUGAUGAACAGCACAUUUUUCAGCUGCCAGUCAGACCAGCUGCUGUAAAAAACUUGUAUCAAAGUGAGAAACCACAGAAAUGGGGAGUGGAAAUAAGCAGCAGUCAAAAGAAAGUGAAAACAAUAUGGCAGCUGAGUGACAGCUCUCUUGUGGACCAUUCGAGUUUUCACAAGCCUGAUUUUUCUGAGUUGACAUUAAACAGUAGUCUGGAAGAAAGGACGGCCUUCAUUAACAUGGUUACCUGCAGCCAGGUGCACUUCAAGUAACAUGUUGAAAGGUCCCCUGCCAAGCACAAACCCAAAAAGGGGAAAGGGGAAAAGGAAGUAAUUAUCACAGAGCCUGAAAAUAGACAUUAUAUAAACUUUCAAUGCAGAAAAUAGGUGAUCCUGAAGAUUCUCUGAAAGAUGAAGGUGGAGUUGAGAUCCUUUCUCAGUUGUGACUCUGGAGGAGGAGCAUCGGCAGCAGGGCAAUGAUGAAGAUGCAGAGGGUGCAGACUGUGGGUACUGUGAUCUCCGAAGCCACAUAUAUGUGCCUGAGCAAGAGCUCUGAAACAGACCAGAACAGUCCACCAGAACCGAGCUUUGUCCCGAAGCCUCGAGCUGUACUUAGAAAACUAAAGACGGGCAACAUCAUGGCUCUGCUUGUUCUUUGGUGGUGUGAAAGGGAGCAGCCCAGUUACAUUAAAAUUAAAAUGUUAGAUUAAAAAUACAGGCUGGGGGGCACAGUGGAGAGGUAGAACACGUAUUUGGCAUAUACAAGGCCCCGGGUUGGUUCCCCAGCCCCUAUUCCCCAAUAUUAUGUGAGGGUUGUAAACAUUUCAGAAAAAUAUGGGAAUGCCUAAAUGUAAUUCUUCCACUGUAACUUUAAUAACCUUAAUGUAUAUCAGUAUUUAUCCUCGCCACACAUUAAUCUCAAAAUAUUAGCAGUUGUAUUCCAUGGUUCCUGUAACUUUUUAUUGAAGGAUUUGUGAAAGAAAAAUCCUCAGGAAACAUUUCUGUCCUUUUGAAUAUGUUCUUGUAUAUAUCUUAAGAAAUGUAUGAGUUAAAAAGAAAAAAAGAAAUGUAUGAGUAUUAAAAUUUUUAAUGGUGAUUCUGAAACUCAUUAUUUUGUUGCUCAAAAUAAAAACAUUAAAAUCCU